AUGACCACCUUCGAUGACAUCUUGGAGGAAGCGGGGAAGUUCGGCCGCUGCCAGAAGCGUAUCUUUGCCUUGUUCUGCCUGGUCUCCAUGCCCUGGGCUGGCGUCUACGUGGGCAUAGUGUUCCAGGGCUUCACCCCAGAGCACUGGUGUCGGGACACUGCGGUGGCUGAGAUGCGGCAAGACUGCGGCUGGAGUCGGGCCGAUGCCCGCAGGCUGACCGUGCCACUGGUCAACAGCUCUGGGGUGCUGGUACACAGCACCUGCGACCGGUACGACCUGGACUGGAACAGCACUGGACUCGCCUGCCACUCCCAGGACCUGGACCUCAGCUACGCCCCCCUGAUAUCCUGCAGAGAAGGCUGGGAGUAUGACUACGAGGGGAGGCAGUCGUUUGUCACGGAGUUUGACCUGGUGUGUGCAGAUGGGUGGCUUGUGGAUAUGUACCAGGCCACCCUCAACGUGGGCUUUCUAGUAGGAAGCAUUGCUAUUGGCUACCUGGCUGACAGGUUCGGAAGGAAGAUGAGUUUCCUGAUGUCCACCUUGCUGAAUGGGAUAACAGGGAUCAUGGUAGCUGUGGCUCCUAACUACGUCACUUUGCUAAUAUUCAGAACUCUGUACGGGUUUGGUGUCAAAGGAGGAUGGGUGGCUGGAUACGUUCUCAUCACAGAGUUAGUGGGAGUGGAGUACAGAAGGACGGUGGGAGUGAUCUACCAGAUGUUCUUCAGCGUGGGCAUCCUCCUCCUCCCUCUCUUGGCCUACUUCAUCACUGACUGGCGCUGGCUGCAGGUGGCCAUCACUGUACCCUACAUCCUCUUCUUGUCCUACUACUGGUUAAUCCCAGAAUCUCCGAGAUGGCUCCUCUCACAGAACAACUCCUCUAAAGCUGUGGAGAUCACCGAGGCCAUCGCCAAGGAGAACAAGAAGACACUGUCGAAGAACAUCGAGACUCUGAGGGACGAUAACUGUGGCUCCACAGCCGCCUCCUUCAUGGACCUGAUCAGAACGCCAAACAUGAGGAAGCACACGUUCAUCCUCAGCUUCAACUGGUUCACAAGUGCUGUGGUGUACCAGGGUUUGAUCAUGAGGCUGGGCAUCCUUGGAGGAAAUGUCUACAUAGACUUUCUGAUCUCUGGCCUGGUGGAGUUCCCUGCAGCCUUCCUCAUCCUCUUCACCAUUGAGCGCAUCGGCAGACGCCUGCCCUUUGCCACCGCCAAUAUCGUAGCUGGAGCCUCCUGCUUCAUCACCGCUUUCAUUCCUGAGAGUAUGUUCUGGUUUAAGACGGCAGUGGCCUGCAUCGGCAGGCUGGGCAUCACCAUGGCCUUUGAGAUGGUGGUGUUUGUCAACACCGAGCUUUACCCUACCUUUGUCAGGAACCUGGGGGUGUCAGUGUGUUCUACUCUGUGUGACGUCGGAGGCAUCGUGGCUCCCUUCCUGCUCUACAGACUGGCUGUUAUCUGGCUGGAGCUGCCCCUCAUCAUCUUCGGGUCCCUGGCAUUUCUGGCAGGCGGUUUAGUGUUGCUCCUUCCAGAAACCAGAGGAGUGCCACUACCAGACACCAUCGAUGACAUCGAGUUCCCAAACAGAGCCAAAGAAAACGCUGUGCUGAAGAACCAACAACUGGCCAACCUUUUAUCCACCAGCAAUAUUACAACCAACAAAGUCCCAGCCGCUGUCUGACCUCUUCCGGUGCCCUUUGGGAAAACGUUACAACUAAAGUAUUAAUUUAUGCUCUUUCCAGAGCCCUGUACAUAUGUUCUUUUAACGCAAGUAAUUCCCCUUUACACUGGCCUCAAUUCUGUGGUGAAGAUCUCCUGUGAAAUCCUUCAUUUUGUUCCAAGCCAGAGUUGAUCCAUCUAGUUUAGAUAUGAACCCGCCCACACCUCUAACACCUACAGAAAUAGUGUUGUAGACUAAUCUGCUGUACUUAUUUUUUUAUACAAAUAUGCAGGGAUGUGGUUGUCUGAAGUUCUAAAAAGCGUGUUUUUAUUUGUCUGUAAGUCGAUGUAGAGAAGAAGAACGAGAACCUUGUGCACUGUGGGACUUCUGUGUUAUUCAGUCUUAUAAAUUAUUAAAGACGU